AUGACUCUUGGCCCAGUUAGCCAGCCUCGCCCAGCCUCCCCUCAAAUAACCUCCACACCUGCGCAUGCGCGCCAGAGCAGCAAAACGUGGGAACUGAGUCUAUACGAGCUCCACCGGACCCCGCAGGAAGCCAUCAUGGAUGGCACAGAGAUUGCGGUUUCCCCUCGGUCACUGCAUUCAGAACUCAUGUGCCCCAUCUGCCUGGACAUGCUGAAGAAUACAAUGACCACCAAGGAGUGCCUCCACCGAUUCUGCUCCGACUGUAUUGUCACGGCCCUGCGGAGCGGGAACAAGGAGUGCCCUACCUGCCGCAAGAAGCUGGUAUCCAAGCGGUCUCUGCGGCCAGAUCCCAACUUUGAUGCCCUGAUCUCUAAGAUCUAUCCCAGCCGGGAGGAAUAUGAAGCCCACCAAGACCGGGUGCUCAUCCGCCUCAGUCGCCUGCACAACCAACAGGCACUGAGCUCCAGCAUUGAAGAGGGGCUGCGUAUGCAGGCCAUGCACAGGGCCCAGCGUGUGAGGCGGCCGAUGCCCGGGUCAGAUCAGACCACCACGAUGAGUGGGGGGGAAGGAGAGCCUGGGGAGGGAGAGGGGGAUGGAGAGGAUGUGAGCUCAGACUCUGCCCCUGACUCUGCCCCAGGCCCUGCUCCCAAGCGACCCCGUGGCGGGGGUGCAGGGGGGAGCAGUGUAGGGACAGGGGGAGGUGGCACCGGCGGGGUGGGUGGGGGCGCCGGUUCUGAAGACUCUGGUGACCGGGGAGGGACUUUGGGAGGGGGAACCCUAGGCCCCCCAAGCCCUCCUGGGGCCCCCAGUCCCCCGGAGCCAGGCGGAGAAAUUGAGCUCGUGUUCCGGCCCCACCCCCUGCUCGUGGAGAAGGGAGAAUACUGCCAGACUAGGUAUGUGAAGACAACUGGGAAUGCUACAGUGGACCAUCUUUCCAAGUACUUGGCCCUGCGUAUUGCCCUUGAGCGGAGGCAGCAGCAAGAAGCCGGGGAGCCAGGAGGGCCUGGAGGGGGCGCCUCUGAUGCCGGGGGACCUGAUGGGGGUGGUGGAGAGGGUGGGGGUACCGGAGGAGGUGACGGCCCUGAGGAGCCUGCCUUGCCCAGUCUGGAAGGUGUCAGUGAAAAGCAGUACACCAUCUACAUCGCCCCCGGGGGUGGAGCUUUCACGACACUGAAUGGCUCGCUGACCCUGGAACUGGUGAAUGAGAAGUUCUGGAAGGUGUCCCGGCCACUGGAGCUUUGCUAUGCCCCCACCAAGGAUCCAAAGUGA